GUCCUGAUGUUAUUAAUUUGAGGGACCUCUCCUCUAUAUGACCUUGUUUUGGUCCACACAACCCCAGUGCUCACCUAUGGUCCCCAGGCUAUCUUGCCCGGCGCCAUCCACCAAGCCACCCUCAUGGGCAAGUGUUUCUCCGUCUGCAACCCAGGUUCAACCAACGUGGAAGAGCAGAAUGGCAAGAACAAAGCACAACUCCCUCCCAAGCCCCCUCAUCAUGCCACAGCUAUAGAGCACCCUACUGCCCAACCAGUUCAGUACGUCCAACAUAUCAGCACAACCGGAGGCCGUGCAGGCAACCUCCCUCUCCGUCCUGCUGGGGACUCGAAUAAUGGUAGUCACAGCAGACCUGCGCAUGACACGCACAAGCAGUUCCCCCGACAAAACGGUGUAGAGACAAACGCAGCCAUGAAGUCAGACUUCUCUGAGCGAAAGGCAAACAAACUCUUUGAAAAAUAUAAAGAUAAUUCUGAGGAUGCCAUUUUGGCGGAAGGCACCGAAAGAUUUUGUCAGGACCUUAAGGUCAGUCCAGAGGAUUUUAUAGUACUAGUCAUUGCAUGGAAGUUUCAGGCGGCAGUCAUGUGCCGCUUCACGCGGACUGAAUUCAUCCAAGGUUGUCGCACCCUACGUGCUGACUCCAUCAAUGCUAUCAAAGCCAAGUUUCCAGAACUGCGACACGAGGUCAAGACGAAUGAAGCCAUGUUCAAGGAUCUUUAUCGGUACACAUUCGGCUUUGGCUUGGACACUGAAGGGGGCCAGAGAACUUUACCUUGUGAGAUUGCAAUACCUCUAUGGAAGCUUGUCUUCUUCUACCGACAACCCCCUAUCCUAGAUCGCUGGUGCAAUUUCCUGACUGCUAACCAUGUUAAAGGUAUAUCAAGAGACACAUGGCAGAUGUUUCUGCACUUUGUAGAGGUCAUUAAAGAUAAUCUCAGUAACUAUGACGACAACGAAGCCUGGCCUAGCCUUUUUGAUGACUUUGUGGAAUAUGAAAAUGAUAGAUUGAAAACCGAAAAUCAAGGUGGAAAGGAGGAUGACGACCAAGAGGAAACUCAUCUAGUGUAAAAAGAAUAUUAGGGAUACCCAUAUUUUUAAUUCAUUUUCACUUGUUUUAUUUGUGUCUUCUCCUUUUUCCUAAUGCAAGGUGCUCCAUUUGCUUCUUCAUGGCCCUUUCAAUUGCUGACAUUAGUUUCAAAAUAAGCAGUUACUUUUGUUUGACUGAUAUUCCAGUGACCAAGAAUCUUACUCUCUUAUUUUAUUAGUAUGAUAUUUUUGUGAACAAAGAAAAAAACUUGGGAGACUUCCAUAAUAACAUGCACGGAAGAGUAUAAAAUGUAGAUGUGCGUAUUAUGCAGCAUCUUGUUGUAACGUAUUUUUCUUAAAGCAGGAAAUGUAAUGACAUGCAGGGAUUAUUCUUUACAAACCUUGGUCAAAACAUGAUCAUAUUUAAACGCAUUUUUAUCUUUGAUACAGAAGAUUAAGUUAUCAGAAUCCAAAGAAUGCAUUUGUACUUCUUGGUACUUGGAUAUAUUUAUUAAUGGGUUUCCACAUUAUGUAGCCCUUAAUUAUUUGUAGAAUGCAUGUUUCAAUGCUAAAAUCCACAUAAAUAUUCAGACUCAAAAACCUUCUAUAACUUUGGAAUGUUUUAAAAUGUGUUUCAUAAAAUUACACCUACAUGUACAUGUAUAAACUGCUCUUAUGAUUAUCUGGAAGUUUAAGUGCCAAAUUAGAGCCUAAACUUUGGCUGAAGUCUCAUUAAUUUUUUCAUGUACUUCAAAUGAAAUUCCUGUGAAUUUAUUGCAAAAUAUACCGGUAGUCACAGAAACACGGCAAAAUAUAGUCAUACACAUGUACUGUAGACUUGGCAUAAAAAUAUGUUUUCAUAGGGAGAAUGGUACUUAUUCAAGAACUUUAAUAUAAUGCAACUAAAAAUGGUUGGUUGAAGAACAAUCGCUUUCCAUAUCCCAUCUGUUAAUAAAGGCAUUUGUAACUUUCUUUAAUAAAAACAGCGUUAUGAUACACCCUUCCCCUUGAAGUAUUGUAAUGCACUUCAGAAUUGUCAAACUUCAUAUUAAUUUCUGGAAGAUGUGAUCACCCGACUCAAAGCCUACAAUAAGUUUUUAAAAAUAAUUUUCAUAAGUAUCCCAAUUAGAAGAGCACAUUUUAUGAUUUAAUUUGACAAAAUUGAUCGACCAAAGCCCAUAUAAAUAUUAUGGAUUUUAGAUUUCUCAUUCUUGACGCACAAUCUUCUAAUUGGGGGGAAAAUAUAUAUAUAUUUUUUUUGCAUGAAUAAGGAGGAGAACUCAGCAUCUACAUGUAUGGAGGAAAGAUUAUGUGUCAUAUGAGGUUUCAGGGAGAGAUUAAAAGAAGAAGAAAACUGUUUAAUAUUUAGAGCCCAACUGACUUUUCUGGCAUGUUACAUUGUCUUUUUGUAGCUUUGAGCUGGUUGGUCAAAGAGGUAAUCACUGUCACAUACAUGUAGUCCCCUUUAGUCAUAUGACUUUUUGAAAUUUGAAAAGCUUUCCCAAGUGCAAUGUUUGAAAAUAUUUUUUCUGAAUGUAAAACUGUUGGAUUCUACAUGUAUUUUACAUGUAUCUGAAAUCUGUAAAUGAUCUUCCUCCUGGGAGAGGGUGAAGAGGGGGGGGGGGGGGGGGGUCACUGAAUAUUAUUGCUCGACAAGUUACAUGUAAUACCAAAAAUGGUAAAACUUGUACUUUUUGCUGGUCAAAGGAUUUUGGACCUAUCUCAGACAGUAUAAACUUCCAAGAGUUGAUAAUUUGUCCUUUAAAAGAUGUAUUACUUUGGAUACAAUGUACAAGUAUGAUUCGGAAGUAAAUACAGUAAAUUAAAUUUCUUGCAUUAAUGGAUAAAUGUUAAUAAUUUUUGUGAAGGUUGAAAUCAAAACAGUUAGGUUGACAUGAUAGACUCAACAGUUGCCCAUUGUAGGGUUCAUGUACCUGUAUUAAAGGGUUUUUUUUUUUUUUUGGUAUGAUUAUAAGUACCUCACAAAAAUCAUAUAAUGGAACUAAAUGUCAGAGAAUAUAGAUACAAAUAACAAAUGGGUUAUACUUCAAAUAACCUCCUCUUGUGCAGUGUAUUUAUUCAGUACUACUGAUGUUUAAUAUUGAAAAUUAUUUUUAAUAUCGAUUUUGAAAUUAUUUUAACAUCGUUUUGCAUUGUUGAGAUAUGAGGGGUUUGGCUGAACCCAAUCAUCAUAAAAUAUGUUUGAUUACGUUUUAACUUGCAUUAUGUUCAUGUAUUUGGAUGUUUCAUUUAUAGCUUCUAUAAUGUGGAUGACAACUCGGUAAAUUAAUAGACGAGAUAAAUAAAAUGCUGCAUCUCAAUUAGAUUUAUAAAGAAAACAAAACGUGUUAAAGAAAAUAGAAACAAGAUUUUUCUUAUCAAUCAAUUUGAGAACUGUUGAUAUGAAACUGUCUUCAACAUGUAUGCAUAAUCGAGCUUAAUAACCUCUUUUUUGAAAGAAUUAUAAUAGCAGUCUAUGAACUGCAUGUCAUAUUUAAUUUUAUCUAUAUUGACAAACACAUUACGACCCCAUUUCUCCCAUGCCUUGAAAGGUUUCUUUCCUAUUCGUCUAAUGCCUAUUCAUCCAAUUGCCAACUCGUCUACUAUUAUUUGGUCUACCAUCAAUUCGUCCACUAUCCACCACAUGGUCUAAUUGCAAAUUCGUCUACUCACCAUUUCGUCUAAUAACCAGUUGGUCCAAUGGCCAUUUAGUCCAUAUACCAUUUGGGCUAAGUGUUAAUUGUGCAAAAUGAAUGAAAAUGAAAUUAUUAGACCAACUGGUUAUGAGACGAAAUGGUCAUAGACGAAAUGGUGAUUAGACAAAGUGAUGAUUGGACCAAAUGGUUAUUGAACCAAAUGGUUGUUAGACGAAAUGUUGAUGGACGGAAUGGCAUUAGACUAAAUGAAAUAGACCAUGAGGUGAGUGGACGAAUUGGCAAUUUACCCGUUGAAAUCAUCAGAUCCCAUCUUUAUUCAUAAUACAGACCUGCAUGUAUUUAAAAAUAUUCCUUUUCCCAGUAAUGCCUGACAUAGCAGGAUAUAAUCAAUUGCAAAUUUAUUGUUUUUAUUUAUUGAACUUUUCUAUGUAGGGACACACAUUCUGUCCUUUAUUACAAUCCUGAUUUUGAGGGUUUUUUUUUUUUCAUCUGCACAUGUCGUUGUUUCAUUGUGAUUUUUGAAAGAAGAUAUUUUGUGACUUACCUGUUUUUCAGUUGAAUAUCCAAACUUGUCAGAUUUUAUUCUAUUCUUUUAUGCACAUGGUAAAUUUUAUUUAAAAAAGCAUGUGAAAGAAGUGGUAUAUUACAAUUAAGGAUGUAGUUGAGAUUGGAUUUGAGGCAUCAGUUGCUACAGUCUUGGCAUCAGCCAUAGAAUAGGCGUAAAUGUACAAAGUCAGAACCCUCAUCCACAACUCCAUAGAUCUCAGUAUCUCUCCUUUGUUUAUUUUGUGCUGAUUUUUUAUCAUAAGAUUAAUCUUAAUUUAAGCCUACUUAUCAUUUUUAUUCAUGCUCAGUUUUCACUUGUGAAUGUUAUUUCAUCUUGGGUCAUUUUUUCCACUUUGUUUUCCAUGUUUGUGUGAGCAGAAACUUAAAACAAUUUUGUACAGGUUACAAAUCUUAUUGUCUUUAAAUACACUCAGACACUUUUGAGAAGUGUCAUCAUUUUUUAAUAAGUUUAUAAUUUUCUGAUUAUUGUACAAAGUAAGAUUACUAUUUUUAUUUAAUAUUUAAGAAAAGUUAAGAAACUUUAUAUGUGUUUUGUAUAUGCAUAUACUCUUGUGAUGUAUUUCAACAUUUUUAUACAUGUACACCAAGUUCAUAUUGAAUCAUUGAAUAUUUGUAGAAUGCUGAUAUGUGUGUUGUGUUUAAGUCCAAAGAAAUAUCCUUUCAUCAUAUAAAAAAUUAAUGUGUUGUGAAAGUAGAAUUGUUUGUUCACUGAUACACAUAUUUUGCUAUAAUUCCAGUUCUACCCGUAUGAGAGCGAUCAAGCAUUUUAAAAACUAGAACUAUGUAGAAUUCACUACACUCUUCCAAGAUUCGUGGAUACAUUGAAUUCUAAGUAAGACUAAUGACAGUGUUUGCUCUCAAUAUACAUGACUUAAUCUUGUUGCCUUGGCAACCAAUCAUUAACUUUUCUUCACUUGAGAAGUACAUGUAGCAGUUAAUCCUUUUAAUACUUUACAGAGUUUCAAUCUUUAUUACACAAAUGAAAGUGAAAUAGAAAAAAAUUUCAUUGCUUCAUCUUAACAGUCUCCAUUGCCAUAUUGAUCAUGAAUGUAACUGAAAUAGAUUGUAAAAAAAUAGAAAUAAAUGUACCCUCUAUAACAAAUGUACCUCCAAUUUGCAUGAUCAAAAUCUCAUCUCCAUCUUCUGUGAAAAAGCAACAAAUUUUUUUUUUUCUUAGAAUAUUCAUUUUUCCAAGACAAGUAUCCAUGGGUGCAUUAAGGCUACUUUAGCAAAGGCAGAAUCAUCGCAAACACACUCCCACAGAGUGUUUUUAAUAUUACGGUAUUGUGUUUAGGUGAAUUCGCAAAAGUGCAUUGCGUGUUCUGUAUUGACCCAGAAGAAAAGAAAAUGUUGGGCAUGUGCUUUUACCAAAAGAGUAGUGUUAUAUUGCGAUCUUGAUCAAACAACAACGUGAUGUAAUGAUGUUGUUUUAAGCAUUUAGAAUUGACGCUAUGUACAUUGUUGCAUCCCCAGGAACCGUCUUUUUGAGGAAUGCUGAUCGCACAUGUACAUGUAAAAUUGUUAAGAGUUAACAAUCUUCAUUUAGACAAGAAUGGGGAAAAUGCUUAACUUAACAUGUGUCAAAAGCCAAAGUAUUGCCUGAAAAUGGGAAUUGUACACUGUAAAAAGGCACCCAUAGGCAAAUGCAAGGAUACAGUGUACAUAACAUACCAUCUCGGAAUGUGGAAACGAAAUGUCUGGCCUGGAAGAUUAGUCGGGAACGAUCGGAAUUAAUAGGAAUUAGUACACUGAAGGAGUGAUCAAAGCACAAAGGUGAAUUUUUGUGAAUAAAUCCUCAGAUUUUCUAAUGAAUAAGGAAACAUAUUUCUUUGUUCUGAGCUUUUAAAUGUUCAGUGAUCAGGAAUGGUUCCAAAAUAGAUCGUCACAUCUUUCUGCACUAUGUGCACAGUAAUUGCAGUUUUCUUUGACCUUCUGAUUUGGAUAUAACUUUAUGAAUGUUAAUAUGUCUUGUAGCUUUCAGAUUGUAACAAUUACAACUAUAAGUAUACAUAAUUUUGCUGCGAGUUUACUUAAAAUCGGUCCGUUGAUCAUACUCAUAUGCUCAAAAUCCACAAAUUUUAUUUUUAAAUUUGAUUGUCAUGUAUUGAGUUUUUAUUCUAUCCACUUGCAAAUUUGUUGAACAGGUCUUCAUGUCAUAUGGACACCUGUAUAUAGUUUGCUUUUGAGAACAUUCAGAUUGUUGAAAUAAUACAUGCACCAUUGACAUUGUUAUAUUCCAAACUUGUUAAUACUUGUUCCUACAAUAGAAACUUGGAAUAACGAGACCUGGGGCCGGUUAAAGAAAGAGUUCAAAUGAAUUGCACCUCAAAAAUAUCAAAGGCAGUUUGAAUUUUGACCAAUCAGAAUUACACAUUUUAGACUUGUGCUCAAUUUUUUUAGUUAUGUUUUGCAUUCAACACUUUCUGCAAUUAGGCCCCAGUUCAAGUUGGAUCAUCAAAAUAUCUUGACGGAUUAUUAAAAAUACACAGAAAAACACAGAAAAACACACUAUCAUUUAAAUGGUAAGUAACAGGAUUGUUUACUACCAUGUUACACAAUCGCCACAUUUCUGUGUUGUUUUGGAAUCCAAUCAUGUUGAGUGGUAUUAUGAAGUAUGCUUGUCCUUCUCAGUUAAAAAUCAUUUUGAUAUUGCAAUUUUGUAUCAAUCUGGUGUUGUGCAGGUAAGCUUUGCCAUCAACCAAAGACCAACAUCAAACCUUGUUAUGAAACAUUUUAGACUGCAUGUAUUGAUAAAAAAUUCUUCUGUGGGGAAUGUUAAAUGUGACUUAAAGUUAUGCUUUCAUGCCAAUGCACAGAUGAUAUUUAAUGUGCAAUUUUAUUGAUCAGAACGUUGUAAAGCACGUCUACUUUACACAAUACCAAUGCAGUGUUGUGUUUUAUAAUGCACGCAAACAGGAAUUUAAGUGAUUUUUAAAGAGAUGGGGGGUACAGUACAUGCCUAUGAUAAUCUGAUGAAUAAUAGUUGUCUAAACUUUUCUGUGAUUUUGCAACAUUUUGUGGUCAAACUGAAUAGUCGUCAGUGUAGUCAUAGUCACAUGGCAUUUUGUAAUUAUUCCAUGCAUAAUGAGGCCAUUCUUCAAUUUAUCAUGCAAUUUGUUUCCUGUUUUGCCAGUCUAUUAAACUCGCUUCAUUUGUUUUAUCUUAAUCUCUCUCUCUCUCUCUCUCUCUCACCUCUGCCAUUUUCUCCCAUAUUCUCUUUCUCCUGCAUGUCUUACAUGUAUGUUUUAACUAUCUGCCUCUCUUUCUUUGUCUCCAUUUCUCGUCUUCUCUUGUCACCCCCCCUUCUCUCUCUCUCUCUUUCUCUCUCUCACACACACACUGUAGUAUUUCCAAUUGUGCUGUUUAUCAAUCUUUAUCAAACUAUUGUCUGCCUGACAGUCUGCCCUUGGCCACUAUGCCAAGUACGAUCUAAUUAUAACCCAUGCCCAGGCGUUCAAAUUCAACAAUCAAUGCACUGAAAGAUAUGUAUGUAUCCGUCAUCUCCUGUCACAAAACUAUUACGGAAUACAGUUGCCUUGGUGAUAUUUUGGAGGACAAUUAAUGUAAUAAAUGAAUUCUACAAAACUA